AUGAAGCUCGCAGACCUGUACAAGAUGCAGGGAAGGCUGGAGGAUGCAGAGCAGCUGUACAAGGAGAGCUACAUGAAGAGGAAGGAGGAGACUGGGGAAGAAGACGAGCUGAGCAGGGAGUUGGCCCGCAAGCUUGCGAUCCUGCUGGUCCUCGAAGGGAAGUACGAGGAGGCUGAACCCCUUCUGCAGACGUGCAAGAUCUUUCUUGAGGGGGUGGGCAGGGAGGAGCUCACGCUGGAAAGUUUGAUCGGGCUUGCAGACUUCUACUUCAGCAGAGGAAGCUUCGAGGAAGCAGAGCCGGUCCUCAAGAGGUGCAUUGACAAGGGCGAGGAGGAGCAGAAAGUGAGGGAGAAGGAGGAUGGAGCCCUUGCUCUGAGCCACCAGCUGAACCUCGCAAGCCUCCACGUCGUCCAAGGAAGAGAAGAUGACGCUGAAAGCGUCUACCAGGGAUGCGUGGAGGCGAGCAGGGCAACUCUCGGUGAGCAGCACUCGAUCACGAGGAGGAGCCUGAGGUCUCUUGCCGCCCUGUACGCAAAGCAAGGAAGGUUCGAGGUGGCAGAGGGGCUGGUGCAGGACAGCAUGAAGAAGCUUCGAGACGCUGGCGGUGACGACCACCCGGACAUGCUGAUGAGUAUGCGGAGCCUCGCAGCUCUCUACCAGAGCCAGGAGAGGUACGAGGAGGCGGAGCCGCUGCUGCUGGAGAGCUUGAGGAGGGUGCGGGCGGCGGAGGGGGAGGACCAUCCGCACACGGUAGAGGACAUGAUCGCACUCGCCAAGCUGUAUGUGAGGCAGAGGAGGAUGGAGGAGGCAGAGCCUCUGCUGUUGGAAAGCAUGAAGAGACUGCGAGAGGCAGCGCUAGGAGGAGGAGGAUCGCUGCUCCUUGUGUGCAUGGACAGCCUCGCUGGUGUGUAUGUGGAACAGGAGAAGCUGGAAGAAGCUGAACCUCUCCUGCUGGAGAGCAUCGCCAAGUGCCGGGAGCUGCUGGGCGAUCACCAUCCCAACACGCUGAGCAAGAUGACUCAGCUUGCAGUGCUCUACUACAAGAAAGGAAAGCGAGGAGAGGCAGAGGCAGGCAAGCCUCGGAUGUGGAUCCGUUAGAUGCAGAGGAGCCUGUAGGGAUGCUGGGAACCAGGAGGAGGACACAACUGACAUGAAGGACUACCAAGUGUGAAGAUGCAAGUUUAAGACAACUUGACUUAAUUUUGUUUUUGUCAUGUUAUGAACAUGUUUUGAAUUC